GGUUUGCGUGGAUUUGAUCCCUCCCACUCCAACCCCCCGGAUGAAGCUUUCUGAACGUUCCAGCCAAGACCUCGUUACAGUAGCCUACACGGAGCUGCAGCUAUGCUUUGUUUUUUGUGAACUUAAAUGUCAGGAAGGUUUUUCGGGAAUGGAUGGGUAAAGGGUGUUGAUCUGAUGCAGCUAUGAGGGCCAACAGUUUGGAAUCAUCUUUAAACAGCUCAUUGUGAGAGCUGCCUUGGGAUUAACCACACACAGACGUUAACCAGCACAAAGAGUGGACAUUUCUGUACGUGCUUGGAUGGCAACGUGAAUUGGAUUCAUUCAACCAACAAAUUGUACUUGAGAUAGAAAAGCCAUGUUUGAUUAGUAAACUGGUAGGAUACCCGCAACUGCAAGGAAAAUCCAGAAGAGUGGAACAGUCCAGUCAACGGUAGAGGAAGAGCUGCUGAGGACCCGGAAAUGACCAGCUUGUUCAGACGCAACAGCAAUGGAGGCUCCAGGAAUGGAGGACCUGAUGGAGGCGGCGGCCCGACCUCAGGCCAGCUCAACAACAGCAGGCCCAACCGGCAAAUCCGCCGGCUGGAAUUCAACCAGGCCAUGAUGGAUUUCAAGACCAUGUUCCCUACCAUGGAAUACGAGGUCAUUGAGUGUGUGCUCCGUUCUAACAAUGGGGCAGUGGAUGCCACCAUUGACCAGCUUCUCCAAAUGAGCAUUGAUGGGAACUGUUCAGAUGACAGCUCCGACUCAGAGGACAGCAUUUCUCCUGAGAUUCUGGAGAGAACUUUGGAGCCUGACAGUUCAGACGAGGAACCGCCCCCCGGCUACUCUCCUCCAACAUACGACCUGCACGCACAUGACAGGAAGUAUCCACAGGCUCCUCCCCCAAGGUUUGAAGCCCAGCCGUCUACUCGUUGCCAGGUGGGAAGCUACCGGCACUGGAAUCCUCCGCUUUUAGGGAACCUCCCAGAAGACUUCCUACGCAUCUUGCCCCAACAACUAGAACACAUUAAACCGAACCCCGUCACCUCUGAGAGCCAACAGACGACCCGGGCCCGCUCCGCGCCGGCCACCGGGGGAACCGGCAGUGCCUCAGGGUCAAGAGGGGCAGCUACUGAACCGGAGGGAAAGCUGAAACAGUACCUGGAAGAUGAGCGCAUUGCCAUGUUCCUGCAGAAUGAGGAAUUCAUGAGGGAGUUGCAGCGAAACCACGAUUUCCUUAUUGCUCUGGAAAGAGAUCGCUUGAAGUAUGAAUCAAAGAAGUUGAAGUCCAAUCAUUCAUCUAGCCUGGAGAAUUCUGCAGGGGAGCAUUGUCCUUCCAACCCCGGGGAAUCGGAUGAAGCCCUGUUCCAGGACAAACUCAAACACAUGGGCAAAUCCACAAGAAAGAAGCUGUUUGAAAUUGCCAGAACCUUCUCAGAAAAGACUAAGCGGAAAAAGUCUAAACGGAGGACACUGCUGAAACACCAUUCUCUUGUCACAGCGAACUCAACGGCCAAUCUCCUGGAUGCUGUGGAGGGAAACCCCUGUGAGGAGGACGGCCAGUCUCGAAGAGUGGACAUCCCGGAGGAGAGUGAACAACACAAGUCUUGAUCUUUCUAAGGAUUCAUGGCUGCUGCUGUUUGAACCUGUAGACUCCUGGCUCCUGGAGAACAACAACCUCCCAUCCAGAGGAACAUUCAGAACUAGACUGUCCGCAGAUCUCUAUUGCAACAAAGUGUUAACCAGCAUUUUCUCUUUCAUUGCUUAUUCUUAUGGAGUGAACCACACACAAUAAAUAAUGAAGUAACUUUCAAUGUACAUUAGCUGUAUUAUUAUAAUUAUGUCUGUAUUUCUGUAUUUUUCUUGUUUUUUUCUGUAUGGAUAUAUUUUAUUCUCAUAUUUAUUCCCCUAAACAUUUAUUUCCACAUCUAUGUAUAUAUGAAUAUAUUUAUUUCUGUAAUUGCUGUGAUCUUAAUGAGAGGUUUGGAUGAUGUUUGGACCAGCUCCUUAAGAACUAUAACCUUUCAGCUGAGACAGACGAAUAAUUCUCUUUAGCAGUCUUUUUCAGUAUUUUGAUAGCUCAAAAACGAGGCCGCCGCCAUUUCAAUCAAUGGUAAUCACAUGAAGAUUGUACUUUCUAUCAGAUAUAUUCAUUUCUGCAACACAAUAUCAGGGAAUAAAGAAAACGGAAAUAAAAGUGUUGGAAAAUU